CCUGGACGCUGCAGCGUUUUUAAGAGAGUGUUUCCAGCCCUGGAUAGGAGGGAGGAGGAGGCAGGAAGGGAAGGAGAAUAAUGUCCAAAUCCUGACCGUAUUUUCACACAAGAGACAGAGAGACACGCGAAGAAACCCCCCAUCGGAUGGAUCAGCGCUAAAACACGGUGUCAUUGCAGACAUGGGUCGCAGCGGUACGGCACCUCUUCCUCUGCUCCUUGGGGAGUGUUUUCACUGUCAGUCCUUCAGCGCUGGAAAUGGCGUUGUGAUGCUGAGCAUGGAAGACGCAGCGGAGGCGGAUGCCAGGGAAUAAAGAAAUAUAUGAUCACCUGUGCUUUUCUUUGGGUUGGAUUUUUUGUAGCGGUGGACAGUACCAUGGUGAAUUACCAGAAAUACAUUACUGUUAUGCAGCUGGCUCUGGGGGUGACCGCCUCCAACAAAGAACAUUGUCUUCCACCCAGGAAGCAUAUGUGGAUACACCCCCAGCACCCCAGCCCGACCGCUGGCUCCAUCACAGGAGCCUCCUCAGUGAGCACCAUUCAGGGCAAACCAUCCCUCCGCCGCAUCAAGGGCCGCAUUCACAGGAGCAAGAGCCUGGACUCACUCGACCUCCUGGACUCCAACAGCGCCGCAAUGGAGGAGACUGUCAUUUGGGAACAGCACACAGUAACACUACACAGGGCACCAGGGUUUGGCUUCGGGAUAGCCAUAUCAGGAGGUCGGGAUAACCCUCAUUUUCAGAGUGGCGAGACCUCCAUUGUCAUCUCGGAUGUUCUGAAAGGAGGUCCAGCAGAAGGCCUGCUGCAGUAAGAUAGUCGUAUGGUCAAUGCUGUCUCCAUGGACAACGUGGAGCAUGCAUACGCAGUCCAGCAGCUUCGCAAGAGUGGGAAAAUUGCCAAAAUUACAAUCAGGCGAAAGAGGAAGGUGCAUGUCCCCAUGGGCCGCCUGGGGGAGAGGGAAACGAUGUCAGAGCAUGACGAGGAGGAGGACAGCUACGACGAAGAGAUAUACGAGACGCGGAGCGGACGCAGCGGGGCUUACAGCGCUGUGGGCGGGGCUAUUAGCAGGCGCAGCGGGCGUGGCAGCGGGCGGAGGGACAGGGAACGGGAACGCAGCGGCUCGCGGGAGAGGAGCAUCUCCCCACGCUCAGACCGCCGCUCACACAACCUGCCCCCCCGCCCCGCCAAGGUCACACUUGUCAAAUCCCGCAAAAAUGAAGAGUAUGGCCUCCGCCUGGCCAGCCACAUCUUUGUCAAGGACAUUUCCCCCGAGAGCCUGGCAGCCAGGGACGGCAACAUCCAGGAGGGAGACGUGGUACUGAAGAUUAACGGCACAGUGACAGAGAACCUCUCCUUGAUAGAUGCCAAGAAGCUGAUAGAAAGGUCAAAGGGCAAACUAAAAAUGGUGGUUCAGAGGGACGACAGGGCGACCCUGCUGAACAUCCCUGACCUCGAUGACAGCCUCGCUUCAGCCAACGCCUCGGACAGAGACGACAUUUCAGAUAUCCAUUCGCUGGCAUCCGACCAUUCAAAUCGAUCGCAUGACAGACAUCGUAGCAGCCGCUCGCGCUCUCCAGACCGAAGAUCUGAACCCUCAGACCACGCCCGACACUCGCCUCCACAGAUCAGCAACGGCAGCUGGAGAAUACCCAGUCACAGAAGUCGUGAUGACGAACGAAUCUCGAAGCCGUCUUCAACCCCAGUGAAGCUCCCGGAGGAGGUUCCUCUGCCCAAACCCAAGGAGGCGGCCGCUGCUAGAGAGGAGAAACAACUUCCUCCACUCCCAGAGCCAAAGCCUGUGUAUGCUCAGCCUGGACAGCCAGAUGUUGACCUGCCAGUCAGCCCCUCUGAUGCCCCCGUGCCAAGCGCUACCCAUGACGAUGGCAUCCUACGGCCAAGCAUGAAGCUGGUGAAGUUUAAGAAGGGGGAGAGUGUGGGGCUGCGUCUGGCGGGGGGGAACGACGUGGGCAUCUUCGUAGCCGGCGUGCUGGAGGAUAGCCCAGCUGCUAAGGAGGGCCUGGAGGAGGGCGACCAAAUUCUCAGGGUAAAUAAUGUAGAUUUUGCAAACAUAAUCCGAGAGGAGGCGGUGCUGUUCCUCCUUGACCUUCCUAAGGGUGAAGAGGUCACUAUUCUAGCCCAGAAGAAGAAAGAUGUGUACAGACGGAUCGUUGAGUCAGAUGUCGGUGACUCCUUCUACAUCCGGACGCACUUUGAGUAUGAGAAGGAAUCUCCGUAUGGGUUGAGUUUCAACAAGGGAGAGGUGUUUCGUGUGGUGGACACCCUCUACAACGGAAAGCUGGGCUCCUGGCUUGCUAUUCGCAUCGGAAAGAACCACCAAGAGGUGGAGAGGGGGAUCAUCCCCAACAAAAACAGAGCGGAGCAGCUGUCCAGUGUGCAGUACACUCUCCCUAAAACAGCAGGGGGCGACAGGGCCGACUUCUGGAGGUUUCGUGGUCUUCGCAGCUCCAAGAGGAACCUGAGGAAGAGCCGGGAAGACCUCUCCUCACAGCCAGUCCAAACAAAGUUCCCGGCUUAUGAAAGGGUCGUUCUGAGAGAGGCUGGUUUCCUGAGACCUGUGGUGAUAUUUGGCCCGAUCGCUGAUGUUGCCCGAGAAAAAGUCGCGAGAGAAGAGCCCGAUCUUUUUGAGCUUGCCAAGAGUGAACCGAGAGAUGCAGGAACAGACCAACGCAGUUCAGGAAUCAUUCGUCUUCACACCAUCAAGCAGAUAAUUGACAGAGACAAACAUGCUGUCCUGGACAUCACCCCGAAUGCUGUGGACAGGCUGAACUAUGCUCAGUGGUACCCGAUUGUAGUCUUCCUUAACCCUGACACUAAGCAGGGCGUGAAGAACAUGAGGACCAGACUGUGUUCAGAGUCCAGGAAGAGCGCCAGGAAGCUCUAUGAGAGAGCCCUCAAACUGAGGAAGAAUAAUCACCACCUGUUCACCACCACCAUCAACAUGAACAAUAUGAACGAUGGCUGGUACGGAGCUCUGAAAGAAACGACCCAGCAGCAGCAGAACCAGCUGGUGUGGGUAUCAGAGGGCAAGGCUGAUGGCACUACAGAGGAUGACUUGGACAUCCAUGACGACCGCCUGUCCUACCUGUCGGCCCCGGGCAGUGAGUACUCCAUGUACAGCACCGACAGCCGCCACACCUCAGACUACGAGGACACGGACACGGAGGGCGGGGCGUACACGGACCAGGAGCUGGACGAGACUCUGAACGACGAGGUGGGUCUGCCCACGGAGCCCGCCAUCACCCGCUCUUCAGAGCCCGUGCGAGAAGACCCGCCCGUGAUUCAGGACACCCCUGGUUACCCUGGAUACCAGCACCCUGUGCAGCCCGACCCAGCCAGCCGCAUAGACCCUGCUGGCUUCAAGAUGGCCGCUCCGCAGCAGCAAGAGGAGGCUGCUCAGACGGUGGUAGCGCCCCCUGCUGUUGAGCAGUCUGUACAGAUUGAGGGUUUGCACCCCGAGGAGCCGCCUGCUGCAGCCGCAGCUCCUCAGGCUGACUCACUUAGCAGCCCCAGCUCUGCCCCUGAGCUUAUUGAACCCCACCAGUCUGGCCCAGAAACAAAGAUGUACAAGAAAGAUCUGUACAAUAUGGAGGACCCCGUGCGAAUCAACCAUGGCCUGAAGCAGUCUCUGAGCUACAGUCACCAGCCGCCGUACCAGGACAAACAGCCAUACCGUGAAUACGACCACCCGCCUUACGGAUACGACAGCGGCGGCUACACAGAACCAAAGCCUCACAACUCUGACUCUCACCUGCACUACGAUAACCGUGUGCCUCAUUACAACGAGCAGUGGCCCCCCUACGACCAGCAGACCUCGUCCCAGCCCGGGGGGGGGUACCAGCCGGGCCACCAGCAACCCAUGGCCUACAGCCCCCGCUCCCCCUUUGACGACUGUCCAGGGCGGGACUACAGCCCCCCUCAGCCACGCUACGAUGAGGCCCCACCGGUGGGCUACGAUGGAAGACGCCGCCACAGUAAACCCGGGCCCAUUCGUUACGACGAGCCCCCACCCCCGCCCCCUGCUGGCUAUGACGCCCGCUCUCCUUACGAUGCAGAACCUCACUGCUUCCCGAUUAACUCACCCCGAUCGCCGGACCCCCCCAAGCAGUAUUACAGUGACUCUGGUCUGAGGCCCGCCUACACUCCCGGGCCUCCAAGCAGGGCUUUCAAGCAGGGGAUGCACGACCCUAUGAUGAACUCCGAACCUCCACUUCCCCCCCAUAUACCGGAGACCCUGCCCUCCCCAGGUGAGCCAGCGACCACUCCCGGCUCCAAACCCCUCCCUCCUCCGCUGAGGGAAGACCUGGAAGAUGACCCGGCCAUGAAGCCGCAGUCGGUGCUGAACAGAGUGAAGAUGUUUGAGAAUAAACGGUCUGUGUCCAUGGACCGCGCUAAAGAAGGACUAGAAUCAGCACUCAGGGUUGCUGAGGGAGUUGGCUUUGAGGACUGGGCCAGGGUCCCUGAGCCACAGAAGCCCCACACUAAUAAACCCCUGGAUGACAUGAUGCGUUCCAACCACUAUGACCCAGAUGAGGAUGAGGAGUACUACAGGAAGCAGUUGUCCUACUUUGACCGCCGUAGCUUCGACAGCAAGGCCAUGGGCCAACCCAGCCCUGGCAUCAACCGCUUCCACGACCUUCCCAAAACAGCUCAGCUGUCCUACCCAUACAACAGAGUUGAGUCUGCUGAGAAGGUGAGUCCAGUGGAGAAAAGAUAUGAACCCCUGCCCAUAAUCAGCCCGUCAUCACAGUACGGCCCCCCCGCGUCCGCCAUCCCGCCCAACACACUGCCCAAGCUCAGCCCCAACGAGGUGAACUCCAUACCGGAGCCGUUGACCUCCCCCAUCCCUAAACCUGAGCUACCGGCGCUGCGGCCGCCCAGCAGGGACGAGCCAGCACCGGGGGGCUACCCGCCCCCGAGGGGCCUCCCCGACAAAUCCCCGGUCAACGGCACUGACACAGCACUGCCAAAGACCCUGGGCAGUCACGCGCCGACUAGCUACAACCGCUACGUCCCCAAGCCGUACACCAGCACGGCGCGGCCCUUUGAGCGCAAGUUUGAGAGCCCCAAGUUCAACCACAACCUGCUGCCCAACGACACCCAGGUGAAGACGGAGCUCAUCGGGAUGGUGGGCAACAGCGGGGGGAAGCCCCAGCUGUCCCCCCAGCCUCUGGACCACGACAGCGGCCUGGAUACCUUCACCCGCACCAUAGACAACAGGCCCAAAUACCAGCACAAUAACAUCAACGCCAUCCCCAAGGCCAUCCCUGUAAGCCCCAGCACGCUGGACGAUGACGACGAGGAUGAAGGACACACCGUGGUGGCCACUGCCCGGGGGAUCUUCAACUGUAACGGAGGGGUCCUGAGCUCCAUCGAGACGGGCGUCAGCAUCAUUAUCCCCCAGGGGGCCAUCCCCGAGAACGUGGAGCAGGAGAUCUACUUCAAGGUGUGCCGGGACAACAGCAUCCUGCCCCCCCUCGACAAGGAGAAAGGAGAAACGCUGCUAAGUCCACUGGUGAUGUGUGGCCCGCAUGGACUCAAGUUCCUGAAGCCGGUGGAGCUGCGCCUCCCUCACUGUGCGUCUAUGACCCCUGAUGGUUGGUCUUUUGCUCUAAAAUCCUCCGACUCCUCGUCGGGUGAUCCCAAAACCUGGCAGAACAAAUCUCUCCCCGGAGACCCCAACUACCUGGUGGGUGCAAACUGUGUGUCAGUGCUCAUUGACCACUUCUGAAGAGGGCGACAGCUGGCCUGUUACUGAAUGUGAAAACAGAGGAGCGCAGUUCCCCCUGCCGUGCUCCCUCUCCACGGGGGGGGGGGCCCGAUGAAGUACCAACCUGACACUCUCAUGUUGUUUACUGUGCCCAAACAUUAAGAAAAAAAGAAAACACUACACAAGGAGGAGUCCAGCACCCCCAACGCUGUACUCUUGUUCUUUACUUUGUUUUUCUCCCCCGGUGCUUUCAAGGCUUGCAAAAAAUGAAGAUUAAAAACAAGUUAUUUAAAGGAACUGAAGUUGGAAUGCAUGACCCGUGCCACAGACUGAAUACUCUCGUUUUGACAUUUUUAGCUAAUUUUGUAAAAGGUCAGAGCAGUGCAAGAGAAAGGAGAAUUUUGGAAACUCAUUUAAUAUUGCAAUGGGAUUUUUUCCGUACUGUAAAAAAAAAAAAAAAGAAACACUCACAAACAGCAAAGUUAGUAUAUGCAAAACUUUUGUUUGUGAGUUAUGUGGUCAUGCGUUUCACUCGUGAAGGAUCUCUGAGGACUUGAGAAAUGCUGAGCCUGACUCAUGAAGGGAAAAAAAAUAAUAAUAAAGAAGAAUGACGGUUAAGUAUUAGUCUGAGACGCCCGUCGGUUCUGACGAGGCUCUCUCUGUUUAAACUGAUGUUUUGUAGCAAUGUUUUACCGUAGAUAAAUAUACUGACUUGAUUUUACAAACUCCUGCUGUCUAGAGAUCUAUGCAUGUGCUAUGACUCAGGUCCAGAAGCCUGCUACUACUAAGUUCAACACAUGAAAAUCCCAUCGUACACUGCAAGCAGUGAUGCCUUAUCUGCAUAUUAACUUUUCAGUGAAACUUUAAAAACAUCGGAUCCUUCAGUUAUAGCGAUCACUACGGAAGAUAAAGUUGUCUCUGCAUUUUCUCAUAAACGGUGAACUUGGAUUUAGCACACGAGAAUAAUUGAGGCUGAUGAAAAGGUAUGCUUUCUUUUACUGCUAUGCAUAUGAAGUCUGAGGAAAUACAAAAAGCUAGAAGAUGUUUAAAUUGUGGCUGUACAUAUUGCUAGUAUAUGGCCUUGGUUCUCUGUAAAUGAACUUUUGUACAUCUUUGUUAUUUUGUAUAAAAGAGAAAACGUUUGUUUAAAAAAAGAGAAAGCGGUUACAUUGGUUAUGUUUGUAUUCUGGUUAUACCCCUGAGCCUUGGAACUGACAUAAGCAGUAAUAAGUCUGACUUUUCUACCAACAUAUACACACACUACUUAAGGCAUUUUUAAACAGUCAGAAAACUUUUUAUUCUUAUUUACAAAAUAGAGAAGUGCUUGGUUUAAAUGAUUUUAAAAGAUGUACUUGAGGGGGUCUGCUGUGAAGAGUGGUCCCUCCCUUUAUUUGUGAUACUGGAUGCUGUAUUGUGUGCCCUGAAAUGUAUUUUUGUACUAAUAGACAAUUUAUUAUGGCACAUCGGUACUACUUUCUUUUGAUAUGAUAACACUGCUUCAACCCAACACUAGUUUAUUUCCCGUGUGGCUGACAUUUAUUUUUAUUUAUUUUUAUUUUUAUUCGGUUCAACUUCUUUUGUUUUCCUUUGCAACACAUUUCUAAGUAUACCACUGUAUUAAUAAAUAAAUUCAUUUUUAAAGUAA